CGCUGCCUGCUGCCUCGGCGUAAAGCCCUCGGCGCUGCGGGAGCCCGGCCCCGGCACCUACCUCCCCCACCACUUCGCCGCCGGCGGGUGGAGUCGGGCCGGAGCAGCCGCUCGCUCUCCUCUGUUACCUUACCCCACCCAAACAGAAAAAGAAAAAAAAAGGAGAGUACCAAGCAAGCGAGCCGACCGGCGGCAGCUCGGGCAGCAGCCAUGGGGCACGGCGUCAGCUGCGCCCGCACCGGCGACGAGCACGACUACUUCCGCGCGGCGCAGGUCGGGGACCUCGACGCCCUGGGCGCGCUCCUCGCCGCUGACCCCUCCCUCGCCCGCCGCGCCACCCUCUACGACCGCCUCUCCGCGCUCCACAUCGCCGCCGCGAAUGGCCGCCUCGAGGUGCUGUCCAUGGUCCUGGAUCACGGGGUGCCGCCGGACGCGGUGAAUCGGCACAAGCAGACUCCGCUGAUGCUUGCGGCGAUGCACGGCAAGAUCGACUGCGUGCUCAAGCUCCUGCAGGCCGGCGCCAAUAUCCUGAUGUUCGACUCCCUGCACGGGCGGUCCUGCCUGCACCACGCGUCCUACUUCGGCAACGUCGACUGCCUGCAGGCCAUCCUCACGGCGGCGCGGACCACGCCGGUGGCCGACUCAUGGGGUUUCGCCCGGUUCGUCAACGUCAGGGACGACCACGGCGCCACGCCGCUGCACCUCGCCGCCAGGCAGGGCCGACCCGGCUGCGUGCAGGUGCUGCUGGAGAACGGCGCCAUUGUCUCCGCCCUCACCGGCUCCUACGGGUUCCCCGGCAGCACGUCGCUGCAUCUGGCCGCUCGCAGCGGGAACCUGGAUUGCAUCCGGAAGCUGCUCGCCUGGGGCGCAGAUCGUCUCCAGAGGGACUCAGCAGGGAGGAUUCCAUAUGCCGUUGCGCUGAAGCGCAAUCACGAGGCGUGUGCGGCGCUGCUGAACCCUUCGUCGGCAGAGCCCAUGGUGUGGCCUUCCCCGCUCAAGUUCAUCAGCGAGCUAGACCCGGAGGCGAAGGCUCUCCUGGAAGCGGCACUGAUGGAAGCCAACAGGGAGAGGGAGAAGAAGAUCCUGAAGGGCACAAAGUAUUCUCCGCCAUCAUCGCCACCUUCCACUUGCGAGCAUGAGAUUGAUGCCGAUGCCAUUGAUGAUGUGUCGUCAGAGACGAGCGACACGGAGCUGUGCUGCAUCUGCUUCGACCAGGCGUGCACGAUCGAGGUGCAAGACUGCGGUCACCAGAUGUGCGCGCCAUGCACACUAGCCCUGUGCUGCCACAGCAAGCCCAACCCGACGACGCUGACACUGCCGUCGCCGGCCUGCCCAUUCUGCCGCGGCAACAUCUCACGGCUACUGGUGGCCCGAGCAAGCACCGCGUCGUUGGACGCCGACACCGACAAGGCUGCUGCGGCGGCGGCCUCCUCACCUCAGCUGGUCCGGCGGCGGUCCCGGCGGUCUCACAACCUCAGUGACGGCGGGAGCAGCAGCUUCAAGGGGCUGUCGUCCGCCGUGGCCGGGUCCUUCUCCAAGAUCGGGCGCGGGUCGAGCCGGAUGGCCGACAGCGACAAUGGCAUGGACAAGCCCGAGCACGACCUGUGAUCGGCAUUGGAUGGAUCCUGUGCAAGUGGAGCAGAGCUCUGGCUGAUCGGCCGGCUGGCUUGGCUUGUGGUGGUGAAGCUGAAGCAGCCAUUGCCACUGGCUUUCCAAGAUGAGGACAUCCAAGCAAGCGUGAUCGUGGUGGGUUUAUAUAGAUAUAUACUACUAGUAAAAUAAGUAGUGUAAUGCAUUCUCAUCUUCCUCCCCCAUGUCCAUGUCUGUCUGUCCUAUUUUUGGGCGUGCCAGGAUUCACCUGGGCCAUUGCCGUAUUCCAUUGUCACCGGCUAUAAGAUUCCAUUCCUUCCUGUUCAAUGUC